GAACACUGGGGGCCAGAUUGAUUUCAAUCUUUAAAUUACCCUAGGGCCCCAGAGGUCUCCAACUAUGGAGAAAAGACCCUGGUGCUGGGGCAAUGGCCACUUGGCAAGUUUUUCAUGAGGAUUAAAGGAGGCUUAUUUCUAUGAAGGGCCUACUGUAUUUCCAAGAGGAAGGAGUCACUGUUAUCUGUUAGAAGGAAGAAGCCCUUGCAGAAAGGACACAACUCCGUGCUCUCCCUGGAGCUGCUCCUAUAUGGACGUGUCUGGAAGCUGACAGAGUACCAGAAUGGCCCUAGAGGGUUUUUGCAUGUGCUGCCCCUGAAGUUAGGACAACUAUUGGUGAAGACUGGGAUUCUGGAAUGAGACUGCCUGGAUUCAAAUUCUGGCUCUGCACUUUGUUCCUGUGUUUGUGGAUGCCUCGCAGUCAGCCAGGGCCCAGGCGAACUGACUGUGCAUGGGAAUCGGAGACCAUGGCCGUGCAGCUGGUGCCCGACUCUGCUCUAAGCCUGCUGAUGAUGACGGAGGGCCGUCGAUGUCAAGUACAUCUUCUCGAUGACCGGAAGCUGGAACUCCUAGUACAGCCCAAGCUUUUGGCCAAGGAGCUGCUGGACCUCGUGGCAUCUCACUUCAAUCUGAAGGAAAAGGAAUACUUUGGAAUAGCCUUCACAGAUGAAACGGGACACUUAAACUGGCUUCAGCUAGAUCGAAGAGUGUUGGAACAUGACUUCCCCAAAAAGUCAGGACCGGUGGUUUUAUACUUUUGUGUCAGGUUCUAUAUAGAAAGCAUCUCAUACCUAAAAGACAACGCUACCAUCGAGCUCUUCUUUCUGAAUGCUAAGUCCUGUAUCUACAAGGAGCUGAUUGAUGUGGACAGCGAAGUGGUGUUUGAAUUAGCCUCCUAUAUUUUACAGGAAGCAAAGGGAGAUUUUUCUAGCAAUGAGGUGGUGAGGAGUGACUUGAAGAAGCUGCCAGCACUUCCCACUCAAGCCCUGAAGGAGCACCCUUCCCUGGCCUACUGCGAGGAUCGAGUAAUUGAGCACUAUAAGAAACUGAAUGGCCAGACCAGAGGUCAAGCAAUUGUAAACUACAUGAGCAUUGUGGAGUCUCUUCCGACCUACGGAGUUCACUAUUAUGCGGUGAAGGACAAGCAGGGGAUACCAUGGUGGCUGGGACUGAGCUACAAAGGAAUCUUCCAGUAUGACUACCACGAUAAAGUGAAGCCGAGGAAGAUAUUCCAAUGGAGGCAGUUGGAAAACCUGUAUUUCAGAGAGAAGAAGUUUUCCGUGGAAGUUCAUGACCCCCGCAGGGCUUCAGUGACAAGGAGGACGUUUGGGCACAGUGGCAUCGCAGUGCAUACGUGGUACGCAUGUCCAGCUUUGAUCAAGUCCAUUUGGGCUAUGGCCAUUAGCCAACACCAAUUCUACCUGGACAGAAAGCAGAGUAAGUCUAAGAUCCAUGCCGCGCGAAGCCUGAGUGAGAUCGCCAUUGACCUAACCGAGACUGGCACGCUGAAGACCUCAAAGCUGGCCAACAUGGGGAGCAAAGGGAAGAUCAUCAGUGGCAGCAGCGGGAGCCUCCUGUCAUCAGGUUCUCAGGAAUCUGAUAGCUCUCAAUCGGCCAAGAAAGAUAUGCUGGCUGCCUUGAAAUCCAGGCAGGAAGCUCUGGAGGAAACGCUCCGCCAGCGACUGGAAGAACUGAAGAAACUCUGUCUUCGAGAAGCUGAGCUGACAGGCAAACUGCCCGUUGAAUAUCCCUUGGAUCCAGGGGAGGAACCACCCAUUGUUCGAAGAAGAAUUGGGACAGCCUUCAAGCUGGAUGAACAGAAAAUCCUGCCCAAAGGAGAGGAAGCCGAGUUGGAACGCCUGGAAAGAGAGUUUGCCAUUCAAUCCCAGAUUACAGAGGCUGCCCGCCGCCUGGCCAGUGACCCCAACGUCAGCAAAAAACUGAAGAAACAAAGGAAAACCUCUUAUCUGAAUGCACUGAAGAAGCUGCAGGAGAUUGAAAAUGCCAUCAACGAGAACCGCAUCAAGUCUGGGAAGAAACCCACGCAGAGGGCUUCCCUGAUCAUCGCUGAUGGAAACAUUGCCAGUGAAGACAGUUCCCUCUCAGAUGCACUCGUGCUAGAGGAUGAAGACUCUCAGGUCACCAGCACACUGUCCCCCUUACAGUCUCCUCACAAGGGACUCCCUCCUCGGCCACCGUCACACAACAGGCCCCCCCCUCCGCAGUCCCUGGAGGGGCUCCGGCAGAUGCACUAUCCCCGCAACGACUAUGACAAGUCCCCCAUAAAGCCCAAAAUGUGGAGCGAGUCCUCCUUGGAUGAGCCUUACGAGAAGGUCAAGAAACGUUCCUCCCACGGCCAUUCCAGCAGCCACAAACGCUUUCCCAGCACGGGGAGCUGCGCCGAAGCCGGAGGGGGCAGCAGCUCCCUGCAGAACAGCCCCAUCCGCAGCCUCCCGCACUGGAACUCCCAGUCCAGCAUGCCGUCCACACCAGACCUGCGGGUCCGGAGUCCCCACUACGUUCAUUCCACGAGGUCGGUGGACCUCAGCCCCACGCGGCUGCACAGCCUCGCCCUGCACUUUAGGCACCGGAGCUCCAGCUUGGAGUCCCAGGGCAAGCUCCUGGGCUCGGAGAACGACACGGGGAGCCCCGACUUCUACACCCCACGGACUCGCAGCAGCAACGGCUCGGACCCCAUGGACGACUGCUCGUCCUGCACCAGCCACUCGAGCUCCGAGCACUACUACCCGGCGCAGAUGAACGCCAACUACUCCACGCUGGCCGAGGACUCGCCGUCCAAGGCGCGCGCGCGGCAGCGGCAGCGGCAGCGGGCGGCGGGCGCGCUGGGGGCGGCGAACUCGGGCAGCAUGCCCAACCUGGCGGCGCGCGGCGCGGGCGGCGGCGUGUACCUGCACAGCCAGAGCCAGCCCAGCUCGCAGUACCGCAUCAAGGAGUACCCGCUGUACGUGGAGGGCGGCGCCACGCCCGUGGUGGUGCGCAGCCUGGAGAGCGACCAGGAGGGCCACUACAGCGUCAAGGCGCAGUUCAAGACGUCCAGCUCCUACACGGCGGGCGGCCUGUUCAGGGAGAGCUGGCGCGGCGGCGACGAGGGCGACCCGGGCCGCCUGACGCCGUCGCGCUCGCAGAUCCUGCGGACUCCGUCGCUGGGCCGCGAGGCCGCGCACGACAAGGGCCGCGCCGCCGUGUCGGACGAGCUGCGCCAGUGGUACCAGCGCUCGGCCGCCGCGCACCGCGAGCACAGCCGCCUGUCGCACACCAGCUCCACGUCCUCGGACAGCGGCUCCCAGUACAGCACCUCCUCCCAGAGCACCUUCGUGGCGCACAGCAGGGUCACCCGCAUGCCCCAGAUGUGCAAGGCCACGUCAGCUGCCUUACCUCAAAGCCAGAGAAGCUCAACACCGUCAAGUGAAAUUGGAGCGACGCCCCCGAGCAGUCCCCACCACAUCCUAACCUGGCAGACUGGGAGCUGCACUGACAGCUGUUUCCUGGAUGCCUCCCUCUAUCCAGAACUAGCCGACGUCCAGUGGUACGGGCAGGAGAAAGCCAAGCCCGGGACCCUCGUGUGAGCCAGCCGGCCUCGACCUGACCGCCUCAACGCCAUUCAGAGAUCACCUCACUGCCUCUCAUUUGCCUUACCCAGACGCACUGUCACCCUGCACCAGCUUUGGCCCUCAGCACUUUCUUUCUCCCGUCUCCGCGUCCCCUUCACCCUCAAAAACCUGACUGAGGAGACAUUCUGGAGGGUUCCGGUCCCACUGUGUGUCCCCUGGCGCUCCCGCCCACGGAGAGCCAGGCACCAAUCCUCAACGGCACCUUGGUGGCCUCCCCCUGCCGUGACUGCCCCCAGGCCGGGAACCAUCAGGGAAGGGAGCUGCCGUCCAAUUCCCACGGACAAGUGGCAUGAGAACAGGAAAGGGGACUUCCGUACAGGGUGAUCCAGAAGUAUGACGAAGCGGUGGUCAGCCUGCCACCCGCAGGCCCACCAGGCACCUGGUGAAGAGGACGCCUCGCGCAUGUGCCGCGCGGGGAACAUGCAGUUGACACUUGAAAUAUUCCCUGAGGGAGUGGCUGUCGGGGGAGGGGGAGAAGGAGAAAGGAAGCUUACCGUGUCAGAGAUGCAUCCGAGGAUCACAAUCAGUUCUAUGCUGCCAAAGAUUAAAAAAAAAAAAAUUAAAAAUAAACAAAAAAAUACGAGGGGCCAAGAGGAAGACAUUCGUUCUGCAAUGAAAUCUUUUAAAGUCUCAACCGCUACUACUCAUCACAAGUGAAAGUCAACCAUUUGUAAAUUGUUUCCCCUCCUCCUCCCUCUCCCUUAACGGUCCACCUUCUCUCUCAGGCCAGAGCCUGGAAAACUAACCCAGUAUGAUGGUCCAGUCGAGGGAGUCCACGGGCGUGGCUGACGCGGGGCCCCAGGUGCGGACGUGGAGGACAGGCCUGCGGGAGGAGCCGGCCACCCGGUCCGCGGGGGCCGCGUCCAUGCCCACCUGCACUCAGCUGCUUGCCCUGUGGGAUCCGUAGGAAACGGAAGGUGGGGAUUGCCAAAAGCGCUUCUCUCUCAUUAAAACAAGCAGUAAAAGCGUGUCCUAUUGUUUUGCACAAGGUGUUUGAUUUUAUUUUUUAUGGGAAACCAAGGGAAAAAGCACAUCGCGAUCCAUUCGAGUGUUUAACUGUCGUGGCUCAUUUUCUAUUCGUUAGCACUUGUGUGACAAAGAGCUCAGACCCGACUUCUCUCGGCACCCGGUUACCAAUGUGUCACUUAUUCCAAGAACCCAACUAUGCCCUUAGGUAGAAAGAGUUUACUCAUGUGUCUACUAGCAAGCAGGCGGAGCGGGGCUGAAGAUCACGCCAGCUCCCAGAGGGCCCACCUGCCACCGGCGUCGGCAGCCACCUGGACGUACCGCAGUCGUCCACAGAACCCAGAGAGCAAGGAAGAGGUGUAUGGGAGCUGCACGUUUACAUGUGUUUUGAGCUAUGCUUAGGACACAACUGGAAAGCCAUCAAUCUUCAAAGGCCUCAAAAAUACUUUUAUAAUCGUAACAAGCGCACACUCUUAGUUGGGUUAUUCAAAAUGGCACAAACACGGUCUCCACGGAGGUGGUACGCUGUGCUUAUUGGCGCAAGUGGGGGGGCGGGGGGGAGGGAUCUUUUUUCUCACUUGUAAUGACUUCCUAUUGGAAAGGCAUUUGACAGCCAGGGACAGGAGCUGGGGUGGGUAGUUUUGUGGGAAAGCAGAACUGCAGUUAGCUUUAGCAUAAAAAGAAAAAUCCUUGUUUUUUUUUUGUUGUUGUUGUUUUUGUUUGUUUUUAAUGUAUGUGUAAUCCAAGGACAAUGAGACUUUACCAGACCAGGAGGUAAGAUGGACACUAAAGUUUAACCAUGCUCCUUCUCUUGCAGCUUGGAAAGCUCUGUGGGCUCAUGCUGAGGGCUCACGGCACCCUGGGACCGCUCUGGACAAUUCAGGGCCUGGUUCCCCCAGCCCUGUGUGCACUGCAUUGGUGACACACCUUGAGGAAGGGAUGGGUAUUCACAGAACACUUGGGUUAACCCUGUAGGAUAAACACAACUGGUUCUGUUAUUAACUGAUUCUGGGGAUGGAGGGAGUGGGUAGAGCAACAGCAACAGGUUUUUUCCCAACUUGCCCAUUCACAACAUUAUACUUCAGGCCAAGACACACGGGUCAUCAGACUGAACUGUGUGCAAUAGGAAAAGUCCAGAGAAACAGGAGGCGGCAAGGUCACGUGGCUGCAGGACCCAGCCCGCACCUUAGUUCCCAAUCUGGUCUGCAGUCCAUCGGAUCACGCUUUGGGCGCAGGCAGGUUACAGGGAAUGGGAGAGGAGAACACUUCCUCAGCACUUGGGUUUUGGAUUCAGGAGGCAGAAGGGAAUGGAGUGGGAGGGGGAAUUAGAGUUCAGGCCAACACCACGAUAGUCUGGUAGCAAAGAAAUGAAGUACAACAGGUUUUACUGUUGAGCUGCGUUCAGUCUCUACAGCACGUACAGAUGUUAGUCCUUGGAGGCCAACGUGACUCCUGAUCAGUGUGGUGGGGAACGGGGGCUGCCGCAAACAAGCACUUGCGAGCUCUGCACAGAUCCGUACUUCUUUAAAACAAAAUGAGAGGGAAUAUGAAGCCCCUGGUCUGAUAGAAAGCCCCACUGGAUUCUUUGGAUGCAUGUAGGAAGUUGCCUGUGUAGUCUAAAGACUGGUGGGAACACCUACAUCAGACCUUGUUGUGAGACAGGUGGAUUUUUUAUUUUAUUAUAUGCAGGUGAGUGUUGAAACUGUUAAAAUUCCAAUUUGUUUUCAUUCAGUGUUAGUUCUAAACAUAGCAAACCCCCUCCAGGUGCUAUCAGAUGACCAGUUACUGCUUAGUUAACUAGGUGUAAAGUCUGACAUAUACAUUAAUGUCAAUAGUUUAUUACACGUUGUGUAAAAUGGACUCUAGUUUAAUAACGGGGAGAAAGGAUUAGGUUGCUCCUGAAACUGACUGUAGAGCAUGUACAAUGAUUUUACUGGAUUCUGUUCAACUGUAAUCAAUGACAAGGAUGUAUGUUGUAGACAAAGUUGCAGAAUUAAAAAGAAGUCUGCUUUUAAUUUAUUCUUUUUGUAUUAAGAAUUUGUAUAGUACCUUUACAUUUUGCAAAACAGUGUUGUCAACACUUAUUAAAGCAUUUUCAAAAUGAAAA